AUGUUUCUCUUCUUUGCAAGUCAUAUUCAAGCCGUUGAUUAUGAUGUUAGAGGCACAACUCUAUUCAUAUCAGGAUCUGGAAGCGUUACAAAUGCAGCUAUCUCGACAGCGGUUGAUAAAACUGCAAUUCAAACAAUUAUUAUUGACGAUGAUGGUCCUGAUACUAUUGAUACAUAUGCAUUUCAGUCAUUUUCCACUCUUGUGGAUGUUACAAUCGGCAUCUGUCACAAAUUUUAA